AAUAUUGUUCAACCGUUCAUAAAAGAUAUGACUGAAUUUUGAUCCUGACCGUAACACAUUCACACAUCACCGAACCGAGUGUAACCAACACGUGUUUUUUAUUCGGUUCAUUAUUUCAUCAUUUAUUCAAGAAUUUCUCGUUCUUGUUGUGGCUCAAGAGAAAAAAUCUAUUCACUGCCUUGUUAUUCGAUUCCUUGGUAAAUAUCUCAAAUCACAAAAUGUCUUGGUUAUUUGGUUAUUCAAGUCCACAACAGCCAACUGGUAUGCCUGGAUCGCCUGAUGGCGGUGGUGGUAUUCCUGGUGGUCUUGGCGGCAGCAAUGUUGGUGCCGGUGGAAGUGGUGGCGGUGGAUCUGGUGGUAUUUUAUCCGGUGGCGGCAGUGGUGGCAGUGGUAAAAUGAAUCCAUAUCAAUUCGAUUCUUCCGCAUUGGAACGUGCCGCAAAAGCUGCAAAAGAAUUGGAACAAUCUCGUUAUGCGGAAGCAGCACUUGAUUUAGCCCAACAACAAGAAAAGACCAAACAGCUGGAUUUACAGAAAACAAUCAAAGAAUAUGAACAGGCAAUGGCAAGCGCACAGAUCGAGGCAAAAAAACAGGAGCAAGAACAUCGUCGACGGAUGUUGGCCGAAGAAUCAAAACAGGCUCAAUUGAAAGCACAAUAUGAAGAUCAAUUAGCCCGAAAACGUUUCGAAGAUCAGUUGGCUCAACAACGAGCAGCUAAUGAUGAGAAUCUUAAACGUCAAGAAGAAUCUGUUGUCAAACAAGAAGCUAUUCGAAAAGCAACUUUAGAAAAAGAGAUGGAAUUACGUGCAUCAGCCGAUGCUAAACGAAUUGAAGCAGAAAUUCGAGGUCAAGCACAAGCAGAACGACAAAAUCGUGAUAUUCGACUUGAACAAUUGAAGGCAAAAGCGGCUGAAGAUCGAACAACAUUGUUAGAAGCUAUAGUGACAGCUGGUGAUGUGUUUGGUAAAGGUUUUCGGGCAUUCGUUUCCGAUUGGGAACGUGUAUCAGCAACGGCUGUCGGUGUUACAUUGAUUGCUGCCGGUAUAUAUACCGCUAAGCAUGGUAUCGGUUUAGCUGGUCGUGUACUCGAAGCACGUGUUGGAAGACCAUCUUUAGUACGUGAUACAUCUCGUUUGAAUAUGAUUGAUGGUCUACAACAUCCAUAUAAAACUAUCAAACGAUUAGCAUUAAGUCGUAAGCCAGCGGAUGCAUUGAGAGGUGUCAUACUUGAGCCUAGUCUUGAAGAACGUCUUCGUGAUAUCGCUAUUGCGACAAAAAAUACAAAGAAAAAUGGUGGUCUUUAUCGUAAUGUAUUGUUCUAUGGUCCUCCAGGUACGGGUAAAACAUUGUUCGCUAAACGUUUGGCUGAACAUUCCGGUAUGGAUUAUGCAAUCAUGUCAGGUGGUGAUGUUGCACCAAUGGGUCGUGAUGGUGUAACGGCCAUACAUAAAUUAUUCAAUUGGGCAACAACAUCACGUCGUGGCCUUUUGUUGUUUGUCGAUGAAGCUGACGCUUUUCUUCGUAAACGAGCUUCCGAAACUUUAAGUGAACACUUACGAUCAGCAUUGAAUGCCUUCCUUUAUCGUACGGGUGAUCAAUCGAAUCGUUUUAUGUUGGUGUUAGCAUCGAAUACACCCGAACAAUUUGAUUGGGCCAUACAUGAUCGUUUAGAUGAAAUGAUUUCAUUCAAUCUACCUACAUUAUCUGAACGUGAACGUUUAGUACGGUUAUAUUUUGAUAAAUUUGUUUUGGAACCAUCUGUUAGUCGUCGAAGUCGCCUUAAAUUGGAUGUAUUUGAUUAUGAUUCCACUUGUACAGAGAUUGCUGAAAAAAUUGAUGGUCUUUCUGGUCGUGAAAUUGCUAAAUUGGCUGUUGCAUGGCAAGCAUCCGCAUAUGCAUCUGAAAAUGGUAUAUUAACACGUGAAAUGAUGAUGACCAAAGUGAAUGAUGCUAUUGAACAACAUCGUCGUAAAAUGGAAUGGCAAGCCGAAGAGGAACGUAUUAAACAAGAAGCAAAAACCGUAUGGGAAGCUGAGAAAAUUUUUUUUACUGCAUUACGUGCAGCUGAAUCACAAUAUCGACGAUCACCAUCAUCAUCAUCAUUAUCACCAUCUUCAUCAUUAUCCACAUCAUCAUCAUCAUCUUUAACAACAAAUUCAUCAACAUCAUCAUCAUCGUCAAAUCAUUAUCAACAAUCAACAUCUAUUGCUGAUGCACAACAUCGACGUGAUUUAAAUGUACUAAUCUAUAUACGACGACGAUUAGCAAUGUGCGCACGUAAACUUGGUAAAUUACGUGAAUCGGUUAAAAUGAUGAGAGAUUUAAUCAAAGAAUUUCCAAUGAUGAAUCUAUUCAAUAUACAUGAAAAUCUUAUUGAAGCAUUGCUUGAAAUGAAUGCUUAUGCCGAUGUACAGGCAUUAUUAGCAAAAUAUGAUGAUAUUAAUCUGCCCAAAUCGGCAACAAUUUGUUAUACAUCCGCUCUAUUAAAAUCAAGAAAUAUUGGUGAAAAAUUUUCACCAGAUAGUGUAGUGAAACGUGGCCUUUCAAUGGCCGAAAUGAAUGCUGUUGAAGCUAUACAUCGUGCCGUUGAAUUCAAUCCACAUGUACCAAAAUAUUUAUUGGAAACAAAAAAGCUAAUAUUUCCACCCGAACAUAUACUUAAACGUGGUGAUAGUGAAGCAAUUGCCUAUGCAUUUUUUCAUCUAUCCCAUUGGAAACGUAUUGAUGGUGCAUUAAAUCUUUUGGAUUGUACAUGGAAAGGAACAUUUCGAAUAAUACCAUUUCCAUUGGAAAAAGGUCAUCUAUUUCAUCCAUAUCUAACCUGUACUGAAUGUACUGAUCGUGAACUUUUACCAGAUUAUCAUGAAGUAUCUGUUUAUCCAAAAAAAUCGUUACCAUUUUUCAUACGAUUCACUGCUAGUCUUUGUACAUUGACAGCCAUUAUGACAUUUAUUUUUUAUCAAUAUCCGGUGCAAAUUGUAUUUAUUGUACAAUCAUAUAUAAACUGGUUAAAUGAUUUAUCCGCUACCAUCAUGGAUCGUCUUGAAUUUAUGUUACCAAAUUGGGCAUUUCAAUGUUAUCUGACGAAAAAUUGUUGGCAAUAAAAUUCGAAAAAAAUACUCGCAAAAAUGAUGAUGAUUAUUAUUAUUUAUUUUUAAAAAUUUUCGAACAAACAAAAAAAACUGAAAAAAAUUAUAAUUGGCUAAAGAAGAACAAAUA